CGUCAACCAAACAGAAAAUAAACAUUUUCUUCUCGAAAAUACAGAGGAGCUGCUUUGAUUUUCACUCGCAGUUGCAGAGAAGGAUUUUGUUCGUGAUCGACGAUGAAGUUAUUGAAGUUAGCGUUAAUAUUAUCAUUAUCACUACUUAUUUUAGAUGUAAAUCCAUCAGAAUCAGCAGUAUCAAGUGUAGAUCUAGGAUCAGAAUCCCUUAAAGUAGCAGUUGUCAACCUAAAACCAGGCCAAACCCCAAUCUCCAUAGCCAUUAAUGAAAUGUCAAAGCGGAAAUCCCCUGCUUUAGUUGCAUUCCACUCAGGAGCCCGUCUCCUGGGUGAGGAAGCAGCCGGAAUCACAGCCCGUUACCCUAACAAAGUCUACUCACAGCUCCGUGACAUGUUAGGGAAGCCCUAUAGCCACGUCAAAUCAUUUCUAGAUUCAAUGUAUUUGCCAUUUGAUAUUGUGGAGGAUUCUCGAGGCAGUGUUGGUAUCAAGAUUGAUGAUAAUGUCACUGUUUAUUCGGUCGAGGAAAUGGUGGCUAUGAUUCUUGGUUAUGCCAUGAAUUUGGCGGAGUUUCAUUCGAAGGUGAAGGUGAAGGAUGCUGUGAUAAGCGUGCCGCCUUAUUUCGGACAGGCGGAGAGGAGGGGGUUGGUUCAGGCGGCUCAGUUGGCUGGGAUGAAUGUGCUUUCUUUGAUUAAUGAGCAUUCUGGUGCUGCUUUGCAGUAUGGCAUUGAUAAGGAUUUUUCUAAUGGCUCUAGGCAUGUUAUUUUUUAUGAUAUGGGAUCCGGUAGUACUUAUGCUGCUCUUGUUUAUUACUCCACUUACAAUUCCAAGCAGUUUGGGAAGACUGUGCCUGUUAACCAAUUUCAGGUAAAGGAUGUUAGAUGGGAUGCAGAGCUUGGAGGGCAACUUAUGGAAGCAAGGUUGGUGGAGUUCUUUGCGGAUGAGUUCAAUAAACAAGUUGGAAAUGGGGUUGAUGUCAGAAACUCUCCCAAGGCUAUGGCUAAAUUGAAGAAGCAGGUCAAACGUACCAAAGAAAUCUUGAGCGCAAACACAAUGGCUCCAAUAUCAGUUGAAUCUCUCUAUGAUGAUCGCGACUUCAGGAGUACAUUAACACGUGAUAAGUUUGAAGAACUCUGUGAAGAUUUGUGGGAUAGAUCUCUUACCCCUCUCAAAGAUGUGCUUAAGCAUUCAGGUUUGAAGGUGGAAGAGAUACAUGCAGUAGAGCUUAUAGGAGGUGCCACCAGAGUGCCCAAGUUGCAGGCCAAGAUCCAGGAAUUUCUUGGAAGGAGUGAACUAGACAAACAUCUUGAUGCUGAUGAAGCUAUAGUGCUCGGUGCAGCACUGCAUUCUGCAAAUCUGAGUGAUGGAAUCAAAUUGAACCGUAAGCUAGGAAUGGUUGAUGGUUCUUCAUAUGGGUUUUUUGUUGAGUUAGAUGGGCCUGAUCUUCUCAAAGAUGAGAGCACUAGGCAGUUGCUUGUGCCAAGGAUGAAAAAACUGCCCAGUAAGAUGUUCAGAUCCAUUGUUCAUGAUAAAGAUUUUGAAGUUUCACUUGCUUAUGAUGGCGAAGCCAUUCUUCCCCCGGGCACACUCUCUCCUGUGUUUGCGAAGUAUUCUGUUUCUGGACUGGCAGAUGCAAGUGAAAAAUAUAUGUCUCGAAAUUUGUCCUCCCCCAUUAAAGCAAGUCUGCACUUUUCUCUUAGUCGAAGUGGAAUUCUUUCUCUAGAUCGAGCAGAUGCUGUUAUUGAAAUAUCAGAAUGGGUUGAAGUCCCUAAAAAGAAUUUGACUGCUCCAACCGUAAAUAUAUCAUCUGAAAGUGUGGCCCAAAAUACUUCAGAAGAAAGCACUGAAAACUUGCAUUCUGAUGGGGCUCUUGGUAAUGCAACUGACUCAAAUAUUGAAGAACCAAUUGCCACUGAGCUGGGUACAGAAAAGAAGCUGAAAAAGAGGACCUUUAGGAUUCCUUUGAAGAUUGCUGACAAGACAUCAGGAUCUGGAAUGCCUCUUUUAGAAGAAUCUUUGGCUGAAGCGAGAAGCAAAUUAGAGGCAUUGGAGAAAAAGGAUGCAGAGAGAAGGAAGACUGCUGAGCUGAAAAAUAAUUUGGAAGGAUAUAUAUAUUCAACUAAAGAAAAGCUUGAAACAUCGGAGGAGUUUGAGAAAAUAUCUACUGCUGAUGAACGUAAAUCUUUUAUUGAAAAGCUUGAUGAGGUGCAAGAAUGGCUAUAUACUGACGGUGAAGAUGCCUCUGCUACUGAAUUUCAAGAUCGCCUUGAUUUAUUAAAAGCUAUUGGCGAUCCUUUAUUUUUCAGAUAUAAUGAGCUUACUGCACGGCCUGCAGCCAUUGAGUUUGCACGAAAAUACCUUACUGAGGUGCAACAGAUUAUACAGGGCUGGGAAACAAACAAACCAUGGCUUCCAAAGAAUAAAAUGGAUGAGGUUCAUAAGGAUGCUGACAAUAUAAAGAGUUGGCUAGACGAAAUGGAGACUGAGCAGAAGAAGACAUCAGGAUUCAGCAAACCGGUAUUCACAUCUGAGCAAGUAUACUUAAAGGUGUUCAAUCUUCAAGAUAAGGUUGCCUCUGUCAACAAAAUUCCCAAGCCAAAGCCUAAAGUUGAAGUUAAUAAAAAUGAAACUGAUACCGGGGGCUCACAGAACACUUCCAAUUCAACUCCUGCAAGCGACGAAUCCGAAAAAACCAACACGGAACAAACUCACGAUGAGCUGUGAUUAAGGACACUUAUUGUUUAGCGUAAUUUGAGUUAAAAUGAGAAAUAUACAGCAGAGAUGGAUUGGUCGCUGCGAAUUUCAAUUUUGGAAGACUUGUAGCAUAGCAGAGAUAUUAGGUUAAUCAGCAGUUCUAAAGUAUCAAAUGUAUUGCCCCUUCCGCUAACUGUAACAUCUCUAUUAUUAUUAUUAUACCCAGCCUCUUAUGGGUGUUUUUUGGUAA